GCUUGUUUACAUUUGGGGUCAGACCGCGGAGCAGCGAGGCCUUCCAGCGGAAAACACGUCCACGUCUCGACUGACACCGCGGCCCAGGCGCUCUCCUCGGGGGGAAAAGUGCCACGCAGGACGACAGGUCCUCUCAGUCCACUCCUGGCCGCGACCUUGACAGGAAAAGUCAAAACAAAGACACAGAGUCCACUUCCUGGGGUGCACAGGAUCAGGCUCCUAACACCAUGGAUAUGGACAUACAACCACCAGGACAACAAGCGGCUGUGCUCGUGUUCCAGCCUCAGAAACCAUUGCAGCCAGAUAUGGGCCACAAUUCACUGGCUAACUUCCAGAUUGAGAAAAAGAUCGGACGUGGCCAGUUCAGCGAGGUCUAUCGAGCGAGGUACCUGUUAGACAACACAUCCGUGGCCCUGAAGAAGAUUCAGAUAUUCGACUUGGUGGAUGCCAAAGCUCGGCAAGAUUGCAUCAAAGAGAUAGAUCUCCUUAAGCAAUUGAACCAUCCCAAUGUGAUAAAGUACCAUGCGUCUUUUAUUGAGGACAACGAGCUCAACAUAGUACUGGAGUUAGCGGAUGCUGGGGACCUCUCUCGUAUGAUUAAGCACUUCAAGAAGCAGAGGAGGCUUAUUCCAGAGAGAACAGUGUGGAAGUAUUUUGUCCAGCUCUGCAGUGCGCUUGAACACAUGCACUCCCGGAGAGUCAUGCACAGAGAUAUCAAGCCAGCCAAUGUAUUUAUCACAGCUACUGGAGUAGUGAAACUAGGAGACUUGGGACUGGGAAGAUUCUUCAGCUCCAGGACGGUUGUUGCUCACUCUCUAGUGGGUACUCCUUACUACAUGUCACCAGAGAGGAUACAUGAAAACGGCUACAACUUCAAGUCUGACAUCUGGUCGCUAGGAUGCCUCCUCUACGAGAUGGCAGCUUUACAGAGUCCCUUCUACGGGGAUAAGAUGAACCUCUACUCCCUCUGCAAGAAGAUAGAACAGUGUGACUACCCCCCCCUCCCUUCAGAUCACUACUCAGAGGAGCUGAGGAACUUGGUAGACAUGUGCAUCAACCCCGACCCGGAGAAGAGGCCGGACAUCACCUACGUGUACGACAUUGCCAAACACAUGCAGAACAGGACACAGGGCUGCUAAAGCCCGGCGUUACACACACUAAGCCUUGCAGAACCCCCCCCCCACUUCCACUCUCGCUGGACUCGUAAGCCAUCUUUUAGCUUUUAUACAAAUACUUCAGAAUUUAGCUCUUUGUGAAGUGGUACCAGAAACACUUUUUAUUGUAAAACAUCAGUCCAAUAAAAUGACUGACGAUAAGAGUUGAAAACUCAACGAUACAGAUAUUAAUUUGUUGCGUAGGUUGUUUUUUCUUUUCUUUUUCCUGUUUUUUUUUCUUUAAUAAUGUGAAAAUGUGUCCUGUCUAAGCUCUAGCAGCUGACCUCCAUCUCACCAACUAACCUCAGUUAGUGACUUUAUAAAUUCACCCGUUUACCAACUUGUAUUUUUUCCUAAAGUGCCUACGAACUCUUUAUAUACCCCCCCCCCCACAAAGGUGGGACACAUCUCUGUCCUCUCACCAUUUAGUCUUCAGGAAUUCGCUCUUACUCAUAAUUAAAUAUCAAAAAGCCAAAGAGGAGAUGUUAGGAACAACUAAUAAAUGUAAACCUUUUUAAAAUCUUUAACCGUGUUGAUGGAAGUCCUAAUAACGCUGAAACUGGUUUUAUUUCAGCCUGCUUGUUUCAGCGUUGCUUUAAAACAGCAGUAACUCCUAGAAGAUGCUCUUUAAAGCAGCUGCACUGCAAAUAGAUUAAAUUAGCAACAUUGUAAUGUUCAGUGUUAAUCACGUUUACAGUCAAUCAACAGAAAUGUAAGUGUAGCCUUCUUGACUUUCAGUGUUUUUUAUUGUUAAUCCUCACAAAUGGCAAAGAAAAACAAGAAAGCAAGGAAAACGAGGCUAAAAAGAAAAGUUUAAGAUCCAAUCUAAGGAGGGAUUAGGAGGUUUAUCUUCACUCCAUGACAGCAGACCCGAGACAAACGGAGUAAUUGAUGGUUGAGGUGUUGUUAUGUUGCACUUUUUACCCUGGUACUGGAAGGCUGGCAGGGUGAUCACUUCUAAUGAAUGUAUUAGAAAGGGAAGGAUCAUUAUGAGGGUAGACUACAGACACGCUCCGGGGAGAACAUGGGCAAAUGUCUCCGCAACUCUUUGAAUGUUAGUCACUUUGACACCUCUGUAUUGUCUGAAAACUUCAGAAUUUCUCUUCUUGACAGCCUUGUAGGCAUAGAAGAAGAAGAAAAAAAAAGAAGCAGUUUUAUAUCUGCUGUUUACCCCACUUAUACGACACCGAAACAUUCUCUCCUUUAACCUCAACCUAACCACGGUGUACUGCUGUUACAAAGCGCAAGACUUCUAAAGGUGAUUUAAAAUCACCAAAAAGAUAAGAUCAAGUAAAUGAAACACUUGAGUCCAGUGAAAGCAUGAGACCCGUCAGCAAAGCGGUCGAACUCCAGACAAUCAUGAUCAUGUUGAAGUGCAAUUUGCAGCCUAAAUGUGUCUUUUUAAAUGCCAAAUAAAGAGAAAGCGGAUGGUUUCCUGGCAUAGCCGUCCAGGAGCUCACCGCCGUGCGCCUCGGAGGAGAAGGGAGCCGUUUCUAACUCCGUAAGAUUGUGUUUUUAUUAAAAGUACAUGAAAACCUUUUUAAAGAGACAAUGGUAAUAGUGGGAUUAUUUAGUUUUGUAGAAGAGAGGAAGAAAAAAAAGGCCUCCCGCAAGAUAAGUAGCUGUGUUUAAUGACUUGUUUUCAUUGGGAAGGAGGGAGAUAGUUAACGGUUUUACGGUAACCAGGUUUACAGCGGUGGGUUGUGAACGACCAGACUACUGCUGGUUGAUGGAAUGAUAGUAACGCUGCGUUGAAGGGAUAGAAAUCUAACAGUCGUCUUUUUGCGGUGUCUUUUUGAACUUUUAACGUUAUCAAAUGACAUGUUUAACCCUUCAGCUUAACUUCAGACCCACUGUGAUAUAUAUGUACGGUUGUUUUCUAUUAACAUCUAAUUCUGUUUAACGUGUUAUAAUCAGAAUCAAAGCUUAUACAGGCAACACAAACAAAUGAAUGUAAAUCAUUUUGUUUUGUAUGUUACAGACUUGGAGAUUUACUGCAAAUACAGUGUUUGUCAUCCUGUUUUGGAGGUUUAUACCUUUCCCUUUUAACCCCCCCCUGAAUGUCCAUUUAAUAUUCUUACAGCCAUGAAGCAAUUUAUUCUCAAAUCAGUUGCUACUCUUCCCUACGGAAGAGUAUUAGGGCCAGGCAAGAGGAAAAAAAUUGGAGAGUGGAAGAUUUUUUUUUAUUGUGCAAAGACGAAAUGUCGAGAAAAAAGUCGAAAUGUGGAGAUUGUUGAAAUACAAUUUCGAGAAAAAAGUUGAAAUUUCGUGAAUAAAGUCGAAAUUACGCCUUUUUUCUCAACAUUUCGACUUUUUUUUUCGACAUUUCGACUUUUUUUCAAAAUUAUACUUAAUCUCGACUUUUUUCUCAACAUUUUGACUUUUUUUCUUGACAUUUGGACUUUUUUCCUCAACAUUUCGGCUUUAUUCACGAAAGUUUGACUUUAAUCAGGAAAUUGUAUUUCAACUUUAUUCUCGAAAUUUCGACUUUAUUCACGAAAUUUCGACUUUAAUCACGAAAUUGUAUUUCAACUUUAUUCUCGAAAUUUCGACUUUAUUCUCAAAAUUUCGACUUUAUUCUCAAAAUUUCGACUUUAUUCACGAAAUUUCGACUUUUUUCUCGAAGUGCACAAUAAAAAAAAAAUCUUCCCUUCUCAAAUAUUUUUUUUUCCUGCCUGGCCCUAAUACUCUUCCGUACUUCCCCCCCUCGGUCCUCAUCUGUGCAGCACCAAAACAUUUCAGUAUUCUGUUAAAUUUUUCUGGGAGUUGUUUCUUUUAAGGCACUUUUUUUUUUUUAGAUUUUAGCUCUGAAUCAACGCUAGCAUACCAAACUAAUUUGCUGGUGUUAAAAAGAAAAAAAAAAGACAAAAUGCUAAUUUGUUUUGAUUUAGUUAAAGCAUCUGUUGCAUAAACUGACUUUCUGUGCAGAGAUGGUUAUGUUUUUGUUUACAUUGAAAAUGUAAUGGAUUUUUUUCUUUCUUUAAUCCUUAAAAAGGAGAUGUUUAAUUGACACACAGCUAAGUCACUUUAAGGAUUGUUUUGAGGAUUGUGACUAUAUCUUUACGUUUUUCUCUCUCCUCUUAUGUAAUGUCUGACGGCUCUAGCGUGUCCCGGCCUUCUAGCUUCGCUUGGUUUACUUUUCUGCAUGCUCACUGAUGUUGGUAUUCAAGAGUCCAGAAAGUAAAAAAAUAAAUAAAAAAAUAUUAACAGUUAAUAUUUAUUGUCUUGGUAUCCUUAGUUGCUUUCUUAAGAUUUCAUGUCAGAUGAAAUGCCCGUAUCCCAAACAUCUUGUAUGCAAACAAAAUGUAAUAAAUCUUUCAAACUUC